AUGAAUACACGAAAGUACAAUAGAAAGACCACGAUCGACCGUAAAACCGGCAAAUUGCGUUAUGGCCGCACAAAGGCAGCCGAGGCGGCCGAGCGCGCCCAGAGGUUCCUCUUACCUUCGGUUCUUGCGGUUGAAGCCCCUGGCGUUUCUGGCGGAGCAUCUGAUCUAGGGACCGAUAAUGUUGAGGGAUCAAGAGAAGACGGAGGGGCAGACAGGAUCGGGGUGGAGGACGAAGAAACUCGUGCCGGACCGGCCGACCAUGCCGGACCUGCCGGGCUUGCCGCUGGUGCCGAGCCUGCCGGACCUGCCGGCUACCCCGAGGCCUACAACUACGCGAGGGAUGAACCGACAUGGGGAGUGUACUCCGAGCAGCCCGAACACUUUGAGAUACCGCAAGCUAAGCGGCGGGGUCCAGUGCGUUAUGAAGUAUUGCGUCUAGAUCUGAAUCUUGACACGUAUACUAGAGUGGGCCGGAGCAUGUUCGUGAAUUUGUUCAAAACAUCCCCCAAUGGGCCUGGAUCCUCAUCCUGCGUCAAAGUCGCCCGACCGACGGUCUUUGUCAACGCUGUAAGGGGCCUUCUCGAGGCUCAGCUGACUGGCGAUGUGUCGAGUGUUUCCGCGACCGGGACAUGUGCAUCUCUUGUGUUCGCGACGCCCAUAUAA